AGCAGGGGGGUCUCUCGCGUGGCGACUGGCGCGCUCCAAGGCCAGGGAACGCAAGUGACAGAGGGCUGCUGUUUCUAGAGGGAUCUGAAUCUUUCGAUUUCGUUGCGUCGGAGUCGUGGCUUCCGACGAUUGUGUGUUGCAUCGCGUUAGCUGCAAAUUAUGCCAAACGAUGGGGAGUAAUUUCGUCCUUUUUGGUGCAGAAUCGACCGAGAUCUCACGAAUUGAAGUCAUUGCGCCGCAACGGAGGACAUUAGUUUACGCUUGCGCGGAUGAGUACAGUAUUUCCUACAUCGAUGAUGCGUUUGUUGAUCGGAACCGUGCGGGCGACCAGCUGCUGCGAGAGUUUGUCUUUUACAUUUCCUAAUUUUGGCAGCUUGCUAGCUUGGUUGGAGGUUUUGCGGUUGUAGGCCGGUGCCGGCUAGGUUGUUUACUGGACAGCGGAAUUGUGGCUUGAGUAAAGAUUUUUAUUGCGCACAUGCACGGUUUGUGCUUGCGCUUGAAGGCUCCUGGGAGUUGACGUUGUUGCGUGCAGUCGGGUUGGAAUCGAUUUGCAAAUUCGUCACCUGGGUUUGGUCCCACCAGGCGAGAAUUUCACCAACUCUUGGGAGGUUUUGAAUCUCGGUCGUAGUUAUUCGCUGUGAAUAGUACUGCCUUUGCGGUGCAGAGUUGGGUGUCGCUCGAGUCGAGAUUUAGGUGUUUGUCUGUCCGUGCAAUCUUUGUUUCCAUCCGAUCGCUGCACUUGCACCUGCCUACUCUCUGCGAAAAAUUUAGGUGGGGUUUUUCUUUAUCGGAUCGAAGCUGGGAAGUUCUUUUUCCUCCUCUCCCGUCUUUCUGGCCUACUUCGAAUUCGUGUUUUGCUUGAGUAUUAUAAGGCCCUUGUUCCUUUCUGCCCUGUGUCUGUCUGUCUGUCUCGUGGGGGAGAUUUUGCAAGCUAUGAUGUGUCGUCGUCAGGCGGCCUCCAAGAACCUGGCUCUGGGUAACCGCACAGAGCGCUUCUGUUCGCGUUCUUACAUUUGACGUCUGAAUUUCAGUAGAGGGAGCGAGUCAAUAGCCUCCAUUUGAGAUCUGGUGGUGAAGGUGCUGAAUCAAUCCAACUGCCAGUGAAGAUGGCAGAUAUGGAACCGGAGAAUCGGGUUCCUUUGUUAGUCGGCCAACUCGAGGAAGCCCGCUCUUACCGCGAGGAAGAACUUAAGGGGGACGAAGUAGGUGUGGAAAGUCUCGACUAUGAACCAAUACAUAGUUUGGUUUAUGCACAGACGAAAAAAGGAAGCCAACAGCGCCACUUCUAUGGAUAUACUGGUCUUACAUUUGCCAAGUGGCUCAUCACAAUUUUGAUUGGUCUCCUUGUUGGCGUGGUUGCGUAUAUUGUGGAAUCGUCACAAGAAGUCUUCAUUAUGAAGAAGAGGGACUGGACACAAGAGACGAUUGAUGAAGGGCUCAAACUACCAUUUGUCUUCCUUGGAUACGCUGCUUUUGGUAUAGCUUUAGUUUUAUUGUCCAGCUGCUUAGUUCUUCUUUGGGCUCCUGCAGCAGCGGGUGGAGGAGUUACGUUAGUUAUGGCCUAUCUAAAUGGAAUUGAUAUACCAAGUUUUUUCGAAUUUCGGACUCUUGUUACCAAGAUUGUUGGAACAAUAUGCACAAUUUCUUCAGGGCUACCGAUUGGGCAAGAAGGACCGAUGGUGCAUAUUGGUGCUGCCAUUGCUUCCUCGCUCACUUGGAUGCAUGGUCGCUUCCCAACCCAUAGGAAAGAUGGUUCUCGACGUUAUGCGAGUCCCUACCUGCAGACCAUCAGCAAAUUCACGCAAAAAGCUUGGCCAUUUGACUUCCACAAUGAUAAAGAUCGGAGAGAAUUCAUCUCAGCUGGUACAGCGGCAGGAUUGGCUGCUGCCUUUGGUGCCCCAAUUGGUGGGGUACUGUUUUCUUUGGAAGAAGCCUCAAGCUUCUGGUCGAGAAAGGUGAUGUGGCGAUCACUUUUGUGUACAACAAUGGCAACAAUGAUACUUGCAUGGUUGAAUGAUAGGGACUUUACAUUGUCAUUACCGGGAGGUCUGGCGUUUCAUGGUGCUUCGGUCGAAGUUGAUUUGAAUGCUGUGCCGCUGAUUAUGGUGACCGCUGGAUCAUUGGGUGUGUUGGGUGCGUUGCUCAACACAACUCAUGGUUGGUUAUCUCCGCUCAGAGCUCCAUCCAAACAAGGUCUUUUAAGGGUUUUGGAGGCGUGCUGCAUUACAUUCAUUGCCGUGGGCACUAUGUUCCUGUUGUCCCAUUUCUUUGGUCGCUGCUUACCUAUCCAGCACGGGCAACAAGGGGAGGAGUAUUGGUUUAGGUAUACCUGUCCGAAAACUGAUCCCAAUACUGGGAUUUCUUACUACAACGAUCUUGCCACGUUGUAUUUUGGGGUUCCUCACGAGACUAUCAAGCAGUUGUUCGCGAUGGGAUACGAACUUGACACUUAUUUCAGUAUGCGUAGCCUAAUUCUACAUUCGAUGUCAUUUUUUGUUCUUUUCAAUCUUGCAUAUGGUGUUGCAACUCCAGGAGGCAUUUUUAUGCCAUCCAUCAUGGUCGGAGCCUCUUUUGGUGCAUUUCUCGGAAGAGUGUUUCAGUUGUACUUUCCAGAGGAGAAUAUUCAACCUGGUCUUCAUGCGCUAGUUGGAGCCACAGCUAUGCUUGGGGGUGUAUUCCGAUCAUCCUUAUCUUUGGUGGUUAUUAUGAUGGAGGGUACCGGCGGACUUCAAUAUCUUUUACCGGCUAUUAUUGCCAUAUAUGUUGGCAAUUGGGUGGCACAUCAUAUUCACCAUGAAGGUGCAUAUGAAGCUGAUUUGGAACGUUUGGGAGAUGUUCGUUUUCUGCAGAGUGAACCCCCACGACACCUCAUCCCAGUGACAGCAGCUGAGAUGAUGGCACCCAAUGUCAUCACUUUAACAGAGAUCAUAUCCGUUUCUGACGUUGUCAAGAUUCUGAAGAACACAACACACAAUGGAUUCCCAGUCAUUAGACACACAGAAGCUAAUGAUGAUGGCCAGCUUGUUGGUUUGAUAUUGCGGCAUCAACUUCUGCUUCUUCUGGAACAGCGGGCCUUGAUUGAAGUGGACUCCGAGAUUCUUCGUCUGCCACUUCCUGAGAGGUUUACUUCCCGCGACCCUAGAGUGACAAAAGAACAUGUUUACUUGGAACAUGCCAUGCGUGUUUAUCAUCACUGCCAUAAUCCUCACCGACGGUACUUGUCCUCUCGUCCUGGAGCUGUGGACGAAUUAGAACUGGAUGACAUAUUGCAGGAACAUCCAACGACCAAUGGAGUGCAUGAAGCUAGCAACGGAACUAAUGAUUCGAAAAAUAAAGAAAUACAAGAAAGUAGUGAAUCCACGAAGCCUGAGCAUCAAGUUUCUGUUCACAAAAGAGAACUGGCUCUAGAUCUCCGAUACUACAUGAAUCGUGCCCCUGUCACGGUUCGUGCUGAGUGUUCAGCACAGCGCGCAUACAUAAUAUUCCGAACUUUGGGCCUAAGACACUUGUGUGUCACAGACUCCAGCAAUAGCGUUAUAGGUAUGAUUACAAGAAAAGAUAUAGCGCAGAGCGCUCAUCAUCAAGCAGAGCACUCCGUCUCCAAGAUUGCAUUGGAACGGCAGGAGUCAGAUGGCAGCUCGUACUUCGGUGACCGAGCAACUAAAGACAUACUAUUUUCUCUUCCUUAAAUUCUGACAGGUGUUCCUGCAUUUCACCAUCUUGGCUGAGGUAGGUGACACAUAUGAGUCCAUCAAGGCUUUCCAAGAGUUGAAAGUUUAUGAAAUGUGUCAUCUGCCUGGUGGUCUGUAAGCGCUCAAGGGGUGUUUUGGGUGGGAAAGAUGAAAUAGCUACGACGACAUAAUAUUUCUCACCGCCUUAUCGAUAGCGGAACAGCUGCGGCAACAAAAGAUAUCUUCGAUAUUUGCCUGUGUGCCAAGUCAAGUGCACUGCUUUAGACCGUUCCAAUGAGGUCUCUAAAUUUUUGCUAGCUAGAUUUGGUAAGCAAGUUGAAUUACCAUUGAGUUCGUGCACCAUCAAGCCGAAAUUUUAAUAUUGUAGAUUCGUCAGUGUCCAAUAAUUUUUGGGGAAUUUACUAAUAGGGGGACGGUUAUUUUUGCUUGCUGUACAGUAGCUUAGCAAAAGAUUCGACACCUCUUUUUCAACCUUAACAGUCUUUUUUUUAGUUCCACAACUAUAUUUGAUACAUCAUGUCUGCAAAAGAAACAUUUUUAAGAGCUGCCAAUUUCAAACUUGAUAUAGUUACUAUUGUACAGAACCAUCAUACAAAAAUGAUGUGCAAUUUCGUUUUUCACAAAUGAAUCACUAUGAAGGAAAAGUUUUC